AGUGGUAUAAGAAACCUUCUCUCCUCGCCAACGCCUCCACGCCGCCGCCGCCGCCGCCGCCGCCGUCGCCGUCGCCGCCACGCCGCAGCUGCCCCGGCCAGUCGAAGAUGGCGGUGCCGCUGCUGACGAAGAAGAUCGUGAAGAAGCGGGUGAAGCAGUUCAAGAGGCCGCACAGCGACCGCUACAUCGGCCUCAAGACAAGCUGGCGCAGGCCAAAGGGUAUCGACUCACGUGUCAGGAGAAAGUUCAAGGGAUGCACCUUGAUGCCCAACAUUGGGUAUGGUUCUGACAAGAAGACCAGGCAUUACCUGCCCAACAAGUUCAAGAAGUUUGUCGUGCACAACGUCUCAGAGCUGGAGCUGCUUAUGAUGCACAACAGGACAUAUUGUGCCGAAAUUGCUCACAAUGUGUCCACAAAGAAGCGCAAGGAGAUCGUGGAGCGUGCUGCACAGCUUGACAUUGUUGUCACCAACAAGCUUGCUAGGCUUCGCAGCCAGGAGGAUGAGUAGUUAUCUUGGACUGAGUUUGCAUGUAGAAGACUUGCGCAUCAUGAAUAUUGUUCUAUCUUUUUGUUUGCAUCAGGAUCCGAAUAUUCUUAUGCAAUUUGCUAUCUGGAAUGAUUUGACUGUGGCAAUGUAUGAUUGUCAUAUUACUAUUUCAAGUAUAGCAGUUUUGACGUGAAAGAAAAUGACCAUGUUAAAUGAAUGUUGAAAAAAAAUACACUUGCAUGCACGGUAUGUCA